AUGGAACUUAUGGAGAAAAAAUACGAAGAGAAUGGUGCCGCUGGGGUGAGAGACCUACAACGGUGGCCGAUGGACUCCGAUGCUGUUGAGUUCCUGGCGGUAACUACAUCGGCGAGCUCUGUGGAUGAACUGAUCAAGCAACCACUCAUUCAGAAGCAUCAGAAUUCCAGACAAACGCUAAUCGGCAUCGCUCGAUUUGCUCUGGUUACUACGACAACCUUUUACUCUUAUCCAUAA